AUGGAUACCCUACACCCUCACAAAGAUAAGAAAAGGAGCACAAGACCCAAAAGUCAUCAUGAAGGCAAGCAUGAUACAACUAAGGAUAUUUAUUACACCAUCAUCGACACCAGUAUUGAUAAAUGGAAGACCAAAAAAUCAAUCUAUAGCGAUGACUUCGGGAAGGUCUCUAGCAAAAAUCCUGAGGAGACCUUUCAACAACAUGAUUCAGUCAUAAAGGGAAAGCGAAGGUUUAGUCUCAUCUCCAAGCCGCAAGAAAACUAUGAGAAGGAGAAGGAGAAAGAAGCCACCUUACAGGGGAGGGUUGCUGACAAAAAAUCCAUGGUGGCCUCUAAACAAGAGGGUGCCUAUGAGGAGGAGGAGAAGGAGAAAGUGACUGCCUCACAGGGAAUCACGAUUUCUAGUGGUAAAGGUGUCAUUGAAAUAUUGGAUGAUCAAAUUCAAACUCAAAAAAGGACUAGAUGCUCUCAACCAAUACCAGAAGACAAUGGUGGCACCGCUUUUCACAUAAUAGCCAUAAGAAGAAAAAAGAUCUCAGACAUCAUAACACUGGCUUCUUGUUAG